AUCUUUCGUUGAAUCAUACGAGACAAAAGUCUCUCUUUGACUUCUCAUACAAUUGGAAAAUUUCCGAGUUUUCUUCUUAUGAGUUUUUGACCCAACAACCAAAAUCGAAGAAAUUCAAUUUCAACUUCCCGAUCGUGUCUCCUUCCUUGUUUCUCUUACGCUAUCACCAAAUCCAUUUCAAGAGAGUAAAAAAAACAGAGCAAAAGAUCAAAAACCUUACACAAAUGCUGUCUUGUUCAAUUCCAAAAGCUUAAUCACUAAACCCAGAUGCCGAUUCUCACUCUUCUUCUUCUUCUUGUGGGUUUGUUUAUAAACCCUUCAGCUUCAGACUCGAGAGGAGAUACAGUGGCUCAGAUAUGCAACAACAGAACAACGACGCCGCAACAGAGAAGUCUCUUCGUCACUAAUUUCCUCGCCGCCAUGGACGCCGUAUCUCCACUCGUGGAAGCUAAAGGUUACGGCCAAGUGGUCAACGGCACCGGAAACUUGACCGUCUAUGCUUACGGAGAGUGUAUAAAAGAUCUUGAUAAGAAAGAUUGCGACUUGUGUUUCGCUCAGAUCAAAGCUAAAGUUCCUCGUUGCUUACCUUUCCAAAAAGGUACUCGUGGUGGUCAAGUCUUCUCAGAUGGUUGCUACAUCAGGUACGAUGAUUACAAUUUCUUUAACGAGACCUUAGGCUUGCAAGACCGGACAGUUUGUGCUCCAAAGGAGAUAACCGGAGUAAACCGGACGAUAUUCCGGGAUAACGCUGCAGAGUUGGUUAAGAACAUGAGUGUGGAGGCGGUGAGAAAUGGUGGAUUCUAUGCUGGUUUUGUGGAUAGACAUAAUCUGACGGUUCACGGUCUGGCUCAGUGUUGGGAGACUCUUAAUCGUAGUGGUUGUGUUGAGUGUUUGAGUAAAGCUUCAGUGAGGAUUGGUUCUUGUUUGGUUAAUGAAGAAGGUCGAGUUCUUAGUGCUGGUUGUUAUAUGAGAUUUUCUACUCAGAAGUUUUAUAACAAUUCUGGAAAUUCCACAUCAGAUGGUAAUGGUGGUCAUAACCAUUUGGGUGUGAUUUUGGCGGUGACAUCUUCGGUUGUGGCAUUUGUUCUGUUGGUCUCUGCCGCUGGUUUCUUGCUUAAAAAGAGACAUGCCAAGAAGCAAAGAGAGAAGAAGCAGCUAGGGUCAUUAUUCAUGCUUGCGAACAAAUCUAAUCUCUGUUUCUCCUAUGAGAAUCUCGAGAGGGCUACCCAUUACUUCAGCGAUAAAAAUAAGUUAGGACAAGGAGGAUCUGGCUCUGUCUAUAAGGGAGUUCUUACUAACGGUAAGACUGUUGCGGUAAAGAGACUGUUCUUCAACACAAAGCAAUGGGUGGAUCAUUUCUUUAACGAAGUCAAUUUAAUAAGCCAAGUCAAUCACAAGAACCUUGUGAAGCUCUUGGGAUGCAGCAUAACUGGACCAGAGAGCCUUCUGGUGUAUGAAUACAUUGCAAAUCAAAGCCUCCACGACUAUCUUUUUGUAAGAAAAGAUGUUCAACCGUUGAAUUGGGCGAAGAGAUUCAAGAUUAUACUUGAGGACAAGACUCAUAUCAGCACUGCCAUCGCCGGUACACUAGGCUACAUGGCUCCAGAAUAUGUGGUACGAGGAAAACUGACCGAGAAAGCAGACGUUUACAGUUUCGGAGUUCUUAUGAUUGAAGUUAUAACCGGAAAACGUAACAAUGCCUUCGUACAAGAAGCUGGUUCGAUCCUACAAACGGUAUGGAGUCUGUAUAGAGCAAGAAAUCUGGAAGAAGCAGUGGAUCCAAUCUUGGGGGAUAACUUCAACAAGAUAGAAGCGUCACGGCUACUUCAAAUAGGGCUUCUCUGCGUUCAAGCAGCCUUUGAUCAGCGGCCUGCGAUGUCUGCAGUUGUGAAAAUGAUGAAAGGGAGUUUGGAGAUUCACAGGCCGACGCAACCGCCGUUUCUGAAUCCAGGGAGUGUAGUAGAGAUGAGAAAGAUGAUGAUGACUCCCACGACGAAUCAGUCUAAUUCUUCAGGAUCAAGGAGUGACUACAUAACCGAGGGUUCGAGUUUCUUUGAACCUAGAUGAGGUUUUAGAUCGUGUUACAUAUAUCAGUAUCCUUUUGUGUGGAUUCUGAAUCAUCUUGUGUCAUAUGUACAAAAAUUGAGAUGUCAACUAAUCGUGUGUUAGCUAGGAGCUGAGGGUUACGUAUGUGCCACGACAAUGUCAUAGAAGCUAGGAACUGAACAAUGUAGAGCUUUACAUGGUGGGGACAGAUUCCGGUUUAGUCUCGGUUUUGAUAUUAGUGAUUCGGUUUACGGUUCAGUAGUUUUAUUUUGUGUGUUAAUUUCAGUAGCUUUGUUUAUUAUUAUACGGUUUUUGUGUUUGUUCAUGAGUCAAUAAUUUUCUACGUUUUAA